AGCGGAAUACUCCGAUGCGUUGAAAGAAUCAAUAAAAAGCCAAACCGAGUACCUCGCUCAGGCCUCACCGAAUAUGUCCAAUGUGAGAACAGAUGACAUAUUCACCAACAUUCUCAUGCAACAUGGAAGAAAACCAGUCAAAGAUCUUGAUGUGAAAAGAAAAGAGCGCCUUCGCCAGUACGGUCAAAUAAGUGGAAAGCAAAUUAAAAGCUCUCAAGAAAUUUUCAUCCCAACCGAUGGGAAACAUCCAGAAUCUGUUCUUGUCACUGGAAAGGCAGGCAUCGGUAAAACACUGUUUUGUCAAAAGUUGAUCAAAGAUUGGGCUGACAACAAAUUGUUUCGAUCCAGAGCAAAUGCAGAAUUACCUGAUUUUAAGUUUACAUACUUGCUCACGUUCCGUCAGCUUAAUCUACUUGGGGACGACCCUGUUACCUUGAAGGAUAUCUUAAACCGAUCUUCAGUGCUAGAUGACCACUCAAAUAUCGACGACUCUAUAUUUGAGUACAUUCUUCAUCAUUCCGAAGAAGUUUUGAUUAUCAUCGACGGGUACGACGAGUGUUCACAACGACAGUACAUCGCUAGUGAUUCGGAUGAAAAGUACCCAAAUAACGCCAAAGAGAAAAUGCCAGUAGCGGCACUGUGUGCUAAGCUUAUCAAAGGAAAAAUACUGAGAGGUUCGGUCGUCAUGAUCACUUCAAGACCCGACGAAUCUGACGAAAUGAAAGCCAAAGAUAUCUAUUUUGACAGAUACGUUGAAAUUACAGGAUUUUCCGAGCCACAGGUAAAAGAAUACAUUGGAAAGUAUUUCAAAAACAACGACCGAAUGAAAAACAUUGUAAUGGACCACAUUACAAAGAAUGUCAAUCUUGUCAGCUUUGCCCACAUUCCUGUGCUUUGUUUUCUUAUGUGCUCCUACUUUGAAUAUACUCUACAGCAACCAAAGAAGAAUAAUCCUCUCCCGGUGAAAACAAGUGACCUUUAUGAUGAAGUGGUCAACAUGUUUGUGAAAAAGCACGAUAGAAAGAAAAGCGCCUCUGUCGAAGAGACUCUGGAUGAAUUAUCAAAGCUGGCAGCUCAACUCCUUGAGGAGAGAAAGUUUCUUUUCCUUAAGGGGGAUUUGAAAACUUUGAACUUACACGAGGUUGAAAGUCUGUGUGGAAGCGGUCUUCUUCAUUGCGGUCCUCCUUUCAGAACAUCUUUUUCUGCGACGACUAAACAUUUUUGUUUUACGCAUUUGACUCUCCAAGAGUACUUAGCAGCUCGUUGUUUCGUAAAGACAAGAAAAAUCCCACCCGGAGAUGUGUCUACAGAAGUAGUUCUAUUUAUGUCCGGUAUUUUGUCCAAGGAAAAAGACAACGAAUUUGUGGAAAAGUUGAUUAUCAAAAAGAUUCUCAGCGUCUCAUCGACAAUUAGAACUACAAAGGGGCUUUUAAUUUCCAAAUGUCUCCUACAAUACGAAGACAUCGAGUUUGCCAAGGAAAUAGUAAAGGAAUUUCGCAACGUAUUCUGCCCACGUGAUGGAUAUUUUGAUCUUUCUGGCUCCAGGAGGGCCGAUGUGGACUGCAUUACUGUGUCUUUCGCAUUGAUGGUUUUUGGCGAACUUAAUGCAGAGGAAAAAUCUGAAUGGAGUAGAAUCACCACACUUAACCUGAGUCUUCAGAAUGUCACCAAUUUUGCCAGUCUAUGUCAAGCAUUACAGACACCAACAUGUAAAGUCACCAAACUCCUUCUAUCUGGUAAUCAGAUCACCGAUGCCGGUGUUGCCAGUCUAUGUCAAGCAUUACAGACACCAACAUGUAAACUCACCGAACUUAAUCUGUGUGAUAAUAAGAUCACCGAUGCCGGUGCAGCCAGUCUAUGUCAAGCAUUACAGACACCAACAUGUAAAGUCACCGACCUUCCUCUGAGUCGUAAUCAGAUCACCGAUGCCGGUGUUGCCAGUCUAUGUCAAGCAUUACAGACACCAACAUGUAAAGUCACCGAACUUUAUCUGGGUAAUAAUAAGAUCACCGAUGCCGGUGUUGCCAGUCUAUGUCAAGCAUUACAGACACCAACAUGUAAAGUCACCGAACUUCAUCUGGGUGGUAAUCAGAUCACCGAUGCCGGUGUUGCCAGUCUAUGUCAAGCAUUACAGACACCAACAUGUAAACUCACCGAACUUUAUCUGGGUGGUAAUCAGAUCACCGAUGCCGGUGUUGCCAGUCUAUGUCAAGCAUUACAGACACCAACAUGUAAACUCACCGAACUUAAUCUGGGUUAUAAUCAGAUCACCGAUGCCGGUGUUGCCAGUCUAUGUCAAGCAUUACAGACACCAACAUGUAAAGUCACCGAACUUAAUCUGUCUGGUAAUGAGAUCACCGAUGCCGGUGUUGCCAGUCUAUGUCAAGCAUUACAGACACCAACAUGUAAACUCACCGAACUUAAUCUGCAUGCUAAUCAGAUCACCGAUGCCGGUGUUGCCAGUCUAUGUCAAGCAUUACAGACACCAACAUGUAAAGUCACCAAACUUAAUCUGGAUGAUAAUCAGAUCACCGAUGCCGGUGUUGCCAGUCUAUGUCAAGCAUUACAGACACCAACAUGUAAAGUCACCGAACUUAAUCUGGAUGGUGAUCAGAUCACCGAUGCCGCUGAGAACCGUCUAAAGAAUAUUUUGCGAGAAAUUUGCCUUUCUUAUGAUGAAGAAGACAUUGACUAA